GGACGAACAACUGCAUCAGUUCAACUCAAUCGUUUGUGGAACAAUCAACAAUCAGCAACAAUAUGAAAUUCUUCUCCGUUGUCACCGUUUUCGUGCUCGGCCUCUUGGCUCUGGCUAGUGCCGUUCCCCUGUCACCCGAUCCUGGCAAUGUGGUCAUCAACGGCGACUGCAAAUACUGCAAUGUCCACGGCGGCAAAUAGACGAAUCGAACCGAACGAAUCCCGUUCAGCUUCCUAGCCUUACCUCAAUCCGUUGGCACCAUAUUUAUGUACACACUGCGUUUCAAAUUAAACUUAGCAUUUAAAUAAUGAUAAAAUAAAUCAACUUACAAAAAAAAACGAAA